AUGCAUACAGAGAGAGGAGCCAAUAUGAAUUGUUUGAGCUCGCGUAGAGGCCGCUAUGAAUUUAAUCUAGCGGAGCCGAGCGCCCCGGCGUACUAUCCACCACAAUUACCUUACAAUCCUGAUUUCAUCGAGGAACCAAUCGAUGAUGAGCCAUCAAGUUUUGAUCCUGCCUAUGCGUGGAGCACCUACGAAAAUAAAUGUUAUAUUGGAAAUACUUUUGAAAACAAUGACGAAUGGGGGCAAGCACGGCGCUCCCUGUACGAAGGUGUCAACUGCAUGCCGGUGAGUGCGCCCACCUGUGUAGAUCGCGCCGCACGUUACCCAUACAUGAAUUGCGCCUGA